UGGUCAACUGACACCCUCUGCCUCAUCAUUCUCUUUCUCUUUGCCUCCCUGUGGAGACAUACUUUUUUUGGAAAGAAUAUUUAGGCCUUUAUUUUUCUCAAAAUUACAGGAGUUUGGGGCAAUGCUUGCAUCUAGAUAUGGGCAAGGUUCAAGUAAAACUGCCAGCCUGCAAGAAGUGCGGCCACUUAUCUGUGCUAGUGGAUCCACAUUCAUUAUGCUACGACUGUUAAAGAAUCUGUCAACCAGGUUUACAGUGUUCAGAAUGCUCUCAUCUGUCCCAAGAGGCACUCACAGAUUAUCCUAAAAAAUGCCAGAAGAGAGGCAUUGAUAGCCGAUCAAAAUCAAAGGAUACUGAACACGGACACUCUGCAUUCAAGAAACCUAAGCGUCUACCAAGACUAGUGGUCAUCCAUCUGUGAAAUCAGUGGUCAAGCAACCAUCAUCAGCCACGAUCGCUUCCCUAUAAGUGGAAGAGGGAACAAUCUAUCAUCUUCACAAUCUAUCAUCAGUGAUCCGCUGACUAUGACAAACUCCCAGAUAAGGGUCGACAUUUAGAGUCGACUUCAAAGGGCCGACAUUCUAGAGAGAAGGCAACAUCGAACCAGGAUUGACCCUCCAAGGGUCUACAUUCUUCAGAUCAAUACUCCAAGAGUAGACAUUCCACAGAUCGACAACCCGACAUGCUAUUCACUACGAUAAAGCGUAAAAUUGGAUGCCAAACUAAUAAGGCCUGCAUCAUUAGACCUUUGUAGAACUAAUAGACCGGAGACCCCUUCCGAAUUGGUUACAAGUGCUGGUUGAAUAGCUUGCCUAAUUCAAAACCAUGCGGUCGUCAUAGUACAAUGUCCUAUGCGAAAACACACAAGAGCAUGAUACACCCGAUGGUAUGUUUCUGUGUCCUUGUAGCGUAAAGGGAGUUAUCAAGAUCAUUCAAUAGCAGUGAUUCACCCAUAAAAUCAUGAGUAAUAUCUCCUGACGCGGAUGUGUGACAGUCCUUGAAUUGAAGCAUGUCAGCACCAGCUUCCUCGUAUACAUCUCACGGUUACAAGACGAAUACAGACAAGGGUAAUCUGCGACCCACCGUCCAACUGUGGGAUAAAUGCAUAGAGUGUGCUAACCUAUAAGGCAAAAUGAACUCGACAGUAUUGAAAGCAAUGCAGAAUGUGCAGCGCAAAUACACAGAGAAGCUACAUGAAGCUAAGAAGCUAGAGACGCCAGCACCACCUACACCCUACAUCCCUGGUCUGACUCCACGUCCACCAGAGUCUGUGGUCACAUCAUCACACUCAAUGGCAAAGGGUACUGGUUCAUUACCAAAGGUGGUUCCAGCAGAACUGAUAGAGACUUUCUUGGGUGGUACGAAGCACCCUGUGAGUGCCCUGAUGGAGUAUGCUGCCAUGUUGAGACUGACACCUACAUUUCAUGAAGUGGCAGUAGAACAGUAUUCCUUCACAGCUAAGUUUGCUAAUGAAUGUCGCAUUGGCACCACUCACUAUCCACAAGGUGUUGGGAAGACAAAGAAAGAAGCCAAGACCAAUGCAGCAAAGGUAGCCUUUACAAAGUUGCUGGGUUUGGACGAAGAUGACAUAGAUGAUGAUUCAGGAUCAGGAACUGUGAUAUAUGAUGCAAUGGGCAGAAAACUGGUUUUGCCAAAAGACUGUGUCUCCAGUCCGGAACACCAAACUGCCUGUUCCUCUGUGAGUGACAUGCCCAGAGGUGCUGCUGCAGCAAUGUCACAAGCAACUCCUCCAGGAAACAACAGGAGUGAUCAGGAUGAAGAGGUGGCAGCAGAGGAUGAUGUAGAGGGAACAAGUGUGGAAAUGAACCCAGUCAGUGCACUUCAUGUCUACUGCUCGCAGAAACGAAUUCCAUUCACUAUCAUUGUUGGUGACAAACAGGGCCCAUAUGGUUUUACAGCUGAGGUGAAAGUUCACGAUAGAAAGAUGGUUGAAGCUUGUGGUCGUAGUAAGAAAGAAGCAAAACGGAAAGUAGCAUCUGAAGCACUACAGUCUCUGACUGAAACAGAGCAGGUGCCAAGUGGGAUAGAUGACCUCCCUCUCCCAGACAAGAUGGCCAACAUUGCCUAUCAGAAACUCUUCAGCAUCCUGCAAGAUGUUCCAGAUUUGUAUGCUGUGAAGAAAAAUUUUGCUGCUUUUAUUGUACAGAGAAGUGCAACAGACGUAGGGGAAGUGGUAGCCAUCGGUGUUGGUAAUACCUGUCUGUCAUCCAGUAACCUGACGACCGAUGGCCGGUGCCUCAUUGACAGCUAUGCUGUAACAAUGGCAAGAAGGGCCCUUCUCAAAUAUUUUCACAGAGAAUUGAAGAGCUACUACAAUGGGAGCAAACUCUUAUCCAUAUUUUGCCCAAGUUCCACUUCUGCUCUGCUGAGACUGAAGGAGCAUAUCUCUCUACACUUGUUUGUGAGCCAGCCACCAGAGGGAGACUAUGGUCUGUUUGCCAACAUGCCAUCGAGUGAUUUGACUCCAGAAAACAUGGAACUGCUUGAGUUUGGUGCUCACUUCCCUUCCUUUGAUGCUGAAGGAUGCAGUUUUCUCACCAUCAAAGAUGAAGAUGGUGUUGUGCUGCCUGUUGCUGAAGACCAGCAGCCAUGUCAGACCCUGGCUGACAUUGAGGGCGGUGAGGACAUCGUGGUCAUGUCCUGUAGUGACAAGCUGCUCCGCUGGAACAUCCUGGGACUACAGGGAGCACUGUUCUCUCACUUCCUACAACCUGUCUACCUUUCUUCAAUCAUAGUAGGCUCAAAGUUUGACCAUGGCCACUUUUCCCGUGCGGUGUGUUGCCGUGUAUAUGAUGUGUUAAGCGAGAGUUUGCCGCCGACAUAUCACAUCAACCAUCCCCGCCUUCAUCAUGUCUCCCUAUCCUUCACUCACCACUACCCUGAUGGACAACAUGCUACCUCACUCAGUGUCAACUGGUCAGAGGGAGAUGACAAAGUGGAGGUCACAGAUGGCUUCACAGGGAAAACCACUCCAAUGUCCCCAUUCAAAACAGGUGCUUCAAUGGCCAGUAGAUUGUGCAAAGCUGGUUUCAUGGCAAGAUUUCGUGAAGUUGCUAAAGUUGCUGGGAAACCUUAUUUAUUAAUGGUUUCUACCUUUCAUGAGGCCAAACAAAGGGCUGGUGAAUACCAGGUAGCGAAAUGUGCGAUGUGUGAGCACUGUGUGCAGGCUGGCAUAGGAUGCUGGGUGGCUAAACCUGCACAGAUUGAAUUCUUCUCUAAGUGACCCUCACCUAACUCAUGCGUCAUAGACUCAACCAGCAUUUGCAACGACCAAGCCUUAAAUAAUUUCAGACAUUUCAGUCUGUAAAAGAUCUACUGUCAAAACGCAAGCGUACAACCUAUGUCACACAUGGAAUAGCCACAAUUGUUGUGACAACAAUAAAGAUAUACAACUGAACAGAAUGUUCUUUACUUCAAGCAUGACAGCCAUUUAAGAGACCAAGAACAGCUGUUGUGCAGUUGUGCAUUUUAAAUACUUGACCACAGACUGUCUCUGUGAAACUUUGGCUUUAGAUUUCAUUGCCAGCAAAAGUAGUUCAAAGGCUAUGCCUCAGUAAACAGAUUUGGACUUUACGUAGAUAAGCAUUAAUAUAUUAUUACCAUUUCAGCUCAAAUUGAGCUCAUCUGAGCUUAUGUCAUGGCAAAUUGUUUUCUAUCUGUCCAUCAUCCAUGUGUCUCAUACUUUUGUCAUAAUUCCUUUGAAUACCCUACCUUUAUUGCAUCAUAGCCAUAAAUUCCUGCUUUGUCUGUCAAUCGCACUGUAAAUUCCCUUAAAUUUUCAACAGACGUCCUCGUCAUUGCAGACAUAUCAAGAGUUGUGAGGAUAACACUGUCCUUUACAUAAAAUGUAAUUGCACAUGCGCAGGGCGGGAAAACAACAUUGCUUUCCUGUAUGUCAAUAUCAAUUAUGAUUUUGAUCUCAUUUGGUUUUGUUAUUUCAAAAUGUAUUCUUGAGAUCAUAUUGAAGACAAGUACAGACAAGGUGAGAGCAGCUUGCAGCAUAUCAGGAAUAUAAGAAGCAAGAUCAUUCCUGUAAGUAAGUUGUUAGUAACAUAGUGUGAAAGAAGGAAUCUUCCUCCCUUUUGCACAGGGUGCAGAAAGGAUCAACUCAUUGAAGAUCCACACCCCUCACAGAGUUUAACAUACAGUGUGUGUUUCUGCUUCUAAAACAUCACUGAGAGACACUUGGGGAUUCAGGUGUGUCUCAUCAAAAUCAAUCUCUCCCAUCACUUUUAUCCUGAAUCAUUUUUUCUAAAACCACAACUUCAUCCAUGUCAACGCUAAUCGAUAAACAUCUAUUUUAUGGUCUCUGGACGUACCAUCUCUAAAAAUCAUGAUAGAGAAAAAUCAAAGAUUAUGAAAAAGCAGGUCAUUGUCAACUACGGGUCAUCAUUCAUUUGUAAGGCAGUGUGAGUAAACACUAAUGUCAUAAGCAAGUAUGCAAAUUGCUGUCUUACAUGUCAUGUGAGAAAACUCUGCACCACAUGCUUAUCGUCACAGAGGGUAAAGAACAAAUAUCAAUUCGAAAUACUCCACUGCAGUGAUGACUUAGAACAGGCUAAGAUGAAUCAGAGCAGACUGACCUGACCUUUUUGUGCUUCUUCAUUUUUUUGACAAAUUAUAUAGAUGUGCUAUUGUAACUGCGACAGUGAGGCGCAUGAAAAUGUAUCUUCAGAGCAAGUGAUCGCAUCACUACUUCUCCAUAUAGCACUUGGAGACGUACAACCCGCAAGGAAUUCCGGGUAGGAAAUGUGAAAGGACCUGAUGAAAUUUUGCCAGUGAGUUAUUCAAAAUCUCUGGGCUUUGAGCAGAAGAAUACGAUGAAAUACUGAUUUCUUCGGAAAGGUAAUAGGCAGACAGGCCAUCUGCAGUAUCAAUGAAUGAUGUGACUGACUGUAAUGAGUCAAUCGAUGUUAGAGAGAGUUCGGAACAAGUGUGUGUGGUCUUGUGACGUUGAAAAGAAAACUUCUUCACAAAUUUACCAAGAUGAUAGUUGAGAGGGCCAAGUUAAAUUAUCUUGACUGUCAACAAGCAGACGUUAAACAAAAGUACCCCUAUCAACUGGUUUGCGGCAGAAUCAGACACGUUACCCCAGAUGCAGUACGAGACCAGCCCAUCGGUACAGGCCCACAAGCCCUCCAGGGAGACACCCUACCAGUACCAGGCCCACUAGCCCUCCAGGGAGACACCCUAUGAGUACCAGGCCCACUGGACCUCCAGGGAGAUACCCUAUCAGUGACAGGCCCACUAUCCCUCCAGGGAGACACCCUACCAGUACCAGGCCCACUAGCCCUCCAGGGAGACACCCUAUGAGUACCAGGCCCACUGGACCUCCAGGGAGAUACCCUAUCAGUGACAGGCCCACUAUCCCUCCAGGGAGACACCCUAUGAGUACCAGGCCCACUAUCCCUCCAGGGAGACACCCUAUGAGUACCAGGCCCACUAUCCCUCCAGGGAGACACCCUAUCAGCACCAGGCCCACUAUCCCUCCAGGGAGACACCCUAUGAGUACCAGGCCCACUAUCCCUCCAGGGAGACACCCUAUGAGCACCAGGCCCACUAUCCCUCCAGGAAGACACCCUAUGAGUACCAGGCCCACUAUCCCUCCAGGGAGACACCCUAAGAGUACCAGGCCCACUAUCCCUCCAGGGAGAUACCCUAACAGUACCAGGCCCACUAGCCCUCCAGGGAGACACCCUAUCAGUACCAGGCCCACUGGACCUCCAGGGAGACACCCUAUCAGUACCAGGCCCACUAGACCUCCAGGGAGAUCCCCCAUCAGUACCAGGCCCACUGGACCUCCAGGGAGAUAUCCUAUCAGUACCAGGCAAACUAGCCCUCCAGGGAGACACCCUAUCUAUGUGCUUGGAAGGGAUGUUGCCUACACAUUCCCCCAUUUGGUCUCUCCUAGACAGAGGACGAAAGGAAGAUAGCGGACACAGACUGCGUGAUUAUACUCAUAGCUCUGGCAUGGCCCAACAGGACGUGGUUCCUGAGAAUACCACCUCUCCCAGUGGAAGAACCUUUCCCAGUACUCUAGGGUUGCGAUCUUCUGUGUCAGCCAAGAUCUGACAUAUUUUAUGGCCUUAUCAUGUUCUGGUGAAAAGGGGUAACUUAGCCAGGUAGAACAAGAGACGACUAGUACAAUGUACACAGAUUUAUUUACAUGAACAUUAUAUAUAUAGGUAGCUAAGUAUAGGAUAUAAACCGCCUCUGCAGGCUAUCCGUGAAAAUAAUGCAGUCCGGCAAAGGAAAAGCCCCCGACAGAUAUGAAGAUACUUUUUUGUUUACUUGACAUAACUUUAAUUCUGAAAUUUCAAUUGUAGCACUCGAAACUUCUCAGUCAAAAGCGCACAGCUCGAGAAUCCCGUGGGCAGAGGGAUUUUCAGAGAAAAGAACAACCUGUUGUAACAAUGGUAAUGCAUCACUGGAGGUUUAUAAUGCAUAUAUAUACAAUGACUUCCCAGAGACCAAGCAUGUUUCUAGGAAGGCGAAAGCAAAGUCUGUAGACACUUACUUACUUAGUAUUGGAGAUUUAAUUUGCGCUUUCCAACACUAUGCGUAUUUCACACACGGGUCGGCCAAGCCAUUUAGUGAGAUUGCCAAGGAGGGUGUGUCAGAAAGGUGAGGCAACUGACAUGACUGCUAGAUAAGCUUGUGUAAACAAACAGUGACCACACUUGACAUGGUAUUUAGUUUUGUGUCUGUUACAUUGUUUAGUGCCUAUUUUGUUGUGAGAUUCAUUGUGAGACCCAUGAAAUGGGACUGCUUUAUUGUUUGUUGGAACCUGACCACCUGACCAUCCUGUGGUUUUUUUCUAUACAGAGAUUAUUCUUCUGUGGACUGCUGCUAAUUGUCCCUAGGGAAGUUUAGGGGGCCACAUUUCAUUAAAAGAUGAAACGUGAAGGUCAUGGGAGAGAAAAACGUUUGUUACACUUUCUGAAAAAGUCCAAAGGAAUCAAAGCCAGCGUUCAGAUUUUUGUAAAAUGAUUGUGUCAUUGUCAUUUUCUGAGGCAUGGUGUUGUUUUGGAAAUCCUAACAUGUCAAACGUGAGUUGCCUUUCAACAGAGGUUGUAUCAUAUUUUCUUGUGUAUAUGACGCUAAGAUAAUUGACAUAAGAGUAUCCAACAGUGGUCUUAUUCCAUAUGGACCUGAGGAAUUAUUUUUGGCACAUGCAAUCAGGUCAAAGUCAUGAACUAGAUAAAUCUCACUCAAUUGCUUGUGGUUAACUUUCUCAAAGUAUUGCAUGUAUAAUUCAACUUGGUAUAUACCUUCUCCAGGAUGUGGCCCUACUUUGAAAAGAUUUUGACAAAUAAGUAAAAGGUCAAGGACAGCGUUCCAGUUUUUAUAAAACUUGGUAAUAUCAUUUACAGUUUCUGAGAUAUUUGUUACCUUAUUUGAUGCAAGAUAUUUAUGUAGGAAAUGUAUCUUUACAAAUCGUAGCACUUCCCAUAUUAUUGCUAUGUCAAUCCAAGGUCAAAGACAUCUUUGAGGUUACUGUGAUACAUGGCUCUGUCAUUGCCAGUUACUGUUGUUCUUUUACUUGUACAAUCCUGAGACUUGGGUAACUCAAGAAAUUGUCUUAAUGAAGGUCAUGGUCUGGAGGUAAUGUUUUUUGGACUGGAAGCUUUGAGGAAAUGGUGUGGGCAGGGCUGUUUCUUUUUAUGGCAAUUAAAUGCAAACACCUACAACAAGACAUGUAGUAAAUAUGAUGGAAGUCCAAACAUGCCAUGAGUUUUACCUCACUUAACUGCAGUUUGUAAAGGGGAAUGUUCUGUUUAGGGGGCUACUUUGAAUAUUCACUUUUAUUAGACAAAUGCACUGCAACUUUCUGUCAACUGAGCUUAUGCUCUGGCACAUUGCCUGCUGUCUGUCUGUCAAAGUCAUAAACUCAAACUGAAGCUGAAACUUCGCAUGAAUAAUCCCAGCUGUGCUGUCUCUAAAAGGUGCUCACAAAAAUCUUAUCCAAUUUUUGACAUGGCAACCAUAUUGAAAUGGUCAUGUAUGCCUCUGCAUUAUAAAAUUUUGUAUAAAGCAAGUAUGUCCUGUGCUCAACAACACAUUGUGUAUCAGGGUGUUGACAAAGUUUCAACCUUUGAAGCUUCUGAACUGAAUGAGCAGAAAUUUGGCAUGCAAUUUUCUUCUAAUCUGGAAAAGAUGGCAAUUUUUCCAUGUAAUACUCUAGUUUAGAGUAUAUUUCAUGAUGACACAAACAUUAAGAAUACAAAUUGUGAGCUACUGACCCUUAUGGCUCGUUUCCCUAUAUCCCUAAUUGUGUAGUGGUGAACUAGAGCCUUUUGAUAGUUUGGGAUUUUAAAAAAAAUAAUAUUUUUCACGUUUACAUGGCAACAAGUUUCAUAUAAUUAUCUACAACAAGUAUUUGCCAUUGCUGUGGACAUCAAUGACUUUGUUCUCUUGAUAAGAGUUAAAUGUGAUGUGAUCAUUAUGGUCAUAACUUGGAGAUAAUAUAUGAAUGUCAGCUUAUUAUUUAUCACAUUACUUCUGGGAAAAUUUUGCCCCUCAUUAUUUACAUGACAAAUAAGGAAUUGCGGAAUCAAUAUAAAAUAAUGAAAUUUUCAUUGUGUUCGUUGAAAAUCCUGCAUUCUGAUUAGCUGAAUUGGUCAUGUGUUAUUGCAUUCAUUUCACCAUAAAUGUAAAAAAUUAAGCCACACCCACUGAAAUGGACUACUUUUGUUACUACGGAAUGUCAGGGAAUCCCAAUAUUACAGUCGAAGGAAUUCCCUUUCUGCUCACGUGUAUCGUCAUGCACAGGACAUUUAGUGAAAUUCAGGCAUAUUCAUUGUCCAAACGACCCUUUAAGACUGAAGGCCAAGAAGGAAUGAAACAGCAAAUGUGCAGGCUCGCUCACUGCGGUUCAACAACUCGGUUCAACUGUUUGAAUCUAGCGGUAACUGACCAUGUCAUUUGAAACCACCGCCUUCUCCCGGACAUAUUUGUUCAGGCUCGUGACACUGUGACUGUUACACUGCUUCUUGCCUCUUGUCUUGAUUGACAGGUCCUAUGAACAUUGUUUUGAUCUAACUCUCCGUUGAUUGGCUAUUCACUUUGUAGGCAUGUCAGGUUAUGUGCAUAAAUUGAACAAUCAACUUAUUCAUGUCACGCCUCAGUAUGUAUUCCUACACCUGGAAUGUUUAUCAAUCUUGUCAUUUUUGUCUGCUUUGAUAUACACAACUGUUUUUGGUUACCCGGUAAACUAUUGUUGAUAAAACAUGUUUUUGUUGUGCAAACUGAUGUGCAAACUUUUGUUAGAAUCUGCUAUGCGGAUUCAUACAGUUUGCACAUCUGUUUUUCGAUUCAUACCUCAAUGAACUGAAGAAAAUACACAUUCAAUCCUUAAAUGUUAAAGAGGUUGAAGUACUUCAUCAUUAUGGCUGUACAAAACCCUUAUUUUCAUGUAGAAUUUUGUUCUAUUCAAUACCAAUACAUGUUCUUUCUUUUGAUAGAAAUGGUUCUAGUUUUUUUUUCUAACUGUGAUAAUGUUAUGGAUCUAUCAUAUUCUGACUUAGGGGGUAGCUUAGCCAGGUAGAACAAGAGACAUCUAGUACAAUAUACACAGAUGUAUUUACAUGAAAAAUACAUAUAUAUAUGUGGCUAACAAGUCUAUACAGCAAUGGUGAGCAUGCAUAGAUUUCCUAGGGACAGAGCAUGUUCCUUGGAAGGAGGCGAGAACAAGUCUGUAGUAGCCCAAGGAAAUUGGUGUGCUCCUUAGACUUAUUGAAUACAGAGGUAAUUAAGUUGUUUUGACAACGUUACUUCAGGGAAAUGUUUUUACAGUUAGAAUGUGGGUAUUAAGUUUUUUUGCAUUGAUUUCUAGCCACCUGAAAUUAAGUCAUAGCUUACAUGGCAUCUCGAUUAAACAUUGUUUCAAAAGAGAUAAUUAUUGAAUGUUUGGGUUUGUAUGACAGGUAUUUAUGGUUUGAUAUUCAGGUGGUUUAUAUGAAUAAUUAUCAUUAAAGGUUUUCUUACAAUUAUUAUAGUUUCAAGCUUUAAGCAUUAUUUCAAAACGUAUGUUCAUAUUUAAUGUCCAUGAUAUGUCUUUGUCCAUUUUCUGUCCGUUAGCACUGAAACCAAAUCUCAUCUUCUCAAAUCUAUUGAACAUACCAAUGUUGUUUUCACAUGAGUGAGUGAGUGAGUAUGGUUUUUGCCGCUUUUAGCAGUAUUCCAGCAAUAUCAUGGCGAGGGACACCAGAAAUGGGAAUUGAACCCGGGUCUUCGGCGUGACGAGCGAACGUUUUAACCACUAGGCUCUGCGACCGCCCCUAUUUCCACAUUACAUGUGCUGCAUGUGUUUAGAGACUUUUAUUUUGAAUAAUUCUAAAUGGCCUUAUUUUGGUGAGAGAGAAACAACAUUUGUGACAUCCUAUUCUUUUCAGAAUCCAUUGGCCAUUUCUGUAUAUAUAUUUCAGAUUUUCAGAGGAUAUUCAUAUGAUUUCUUAACAAUAAAGAAGUAAGGUUUUUAAGUUUGAAAAGUUAAAAAAUGCCAUGGUACUUGUUAGAAAUAAGGUUUAUGUGUUCAGUUGAAUUUCCAAUUUUGUCAACCACAAUGUUGAAACUUGGUGUGUUCUGAAUUUAAGUUUUAUGUUGCAAAAUUGUGAAACAUUAUUCCACUGAUUGUUGCAAAUUAAGAAAUAUUAUUAAAAUUGUAUACGGGUUUCA